UUUGUUAUUAAGAAAAAUGAGGAGCAAUUUAGUAAUGCUAAUUUCUCUCAUAAUUUUAGAUUAUUCAGAAUUCUGUGUCCAAGCUAUAGGAGUUCAAAUACUAGGAAAUAGGGAUUUGUAAAUUUUUUAUCUUUUUAUGUCCAAUGGGGUGCUUUGGUCAAUGAGUUGAUAUGUGCGUUUUAACUAGAUGAAUACUUGUAUUUUGUAAAAUCAUCCAGAAGUUGUAGAAGAUGAGAGGAAGGUAGUUUGCAAUAUUGUUUUUAUAGUAUAUCUGUGGCCACCAAGUUCAAGGAUCUCGAGCAAUCCUUACAAGUAUGUGGAGACUGAUGGGUCAUUUAUGCUUUUCAGAUGAUUUUCCAUGCUUAGUGUUAAUUAAUUUGGCGUUUUAUUUUUAGUUUUUGCUUCGAUGUUGAAAAGUAAAUGUUUGUUGACAUUGUUUUGGAGAUUAAAAAGUUGAACCGUAAAGAAGUGCUCAUUACAUUGUCUUUGUUUUCAAUUUAACUUUGAAUUUGCUGCUCCGUUCAUAAAAUCUUAAGUUUUGUGAUUCGUGAUGUUUGAUCUUGAACAAUGUUCUUCUCAUUGAGAAAAUUAUGGCUUUAUAUUCAGCAUUUUUUUGGCUUUCAAACAGAGUUUUUGAAAGUGUCCUCGAUGAGUUUAUUUGUCAUUAUAUGCUCUUUUAUUUUUUUUCCUGAUAACUGAGAAAUCUAGUGGAUGGCAUCAGUUCUGAAAUUGGCGAUUAGUGCUAGCUUACUAGCUUCAGUGGUUCGGAAAGUUGUGAUAUAGAAUAGCCCUGGUAGGAUAUCUCAAGGGAUUUGAACUUCCCUAAAUCUCAAUGCUCAUGGCGUAAAGCUUUUUAACCACAAUCAUAACACCCAGCGCUGAAAGGAGAGGAAUUUAGAUAUAGUCAAGUUGUAGAAAAUGGAGUUUAAUAAAAUAUGCUGGACUAUUUGUUCUUGCACUUGAUUCCAUCAUUUAAUCAUUAACAUUGAUGUUGCAGGAUAAAGUUAUGGCAAUGAACAAUAUCAGAUCAUUGAGAAGCUUCAUUAUUAUAAAGGAGACAGUUGGGGAGGUGGGCCAACGAACAUUUGCAACUGGGAAAGCAAAGAAAGGCGGUAAAGGAGGUGCAGCCAGCGAUGCCCCAAAAGCAUCAAUAUUGAGCAAAGAAGUCAAGUCUACAACAGUAGUUGGUGCCAAUAUUCUUAAGGAUGGGACAGAUCCUAAGAUCUUGGCAGAUUCUGAAUACCCUGACUGGUUGUAUCAUCUGCUUGAUAAACGUCCAGCUUUGAGCGAACUAAGAAGGAAGAACAUUGAAACUCUUCCUUAUGAAGAUCUAAAACGUUUUGUCAAGCUGGACAAUCGAGAUAGGAUCAAGGAAAACAACUCUAUGAAGGCCAAGCACUGAUACAAAGAGAAAAUAAAAAAUUCUGUGGGAAGCAUGAUUUCUUUGUCGAGUGUUAUGAAUCUUUUCUUCUGGGAUUCCUUCAAUGUAAUUGACUGGCACAUUGUAGAAUCAUGAAAUAUAAUUGAAGGGAAAGCAGACAUGAUUUAACAGAUCUCUGUUGCUAUAACUUCAUUUUCGUUCGCUUCUUUCUCCUUUUCUUUUCUUUAGAACCUUAGUUACUGUUCAGAAUAUAAAUUUACAAUGUCAUUGGUGAAAUCAUUUGAGUUGUUGCCUUAGCACUGUUGCAAAACCCUACAAUGUUCUACUUUCUACUUGCCUGAUAGUUAGGCUUUGACCCAGUGUAAAUUUAUCUAACAUUAUUACAGUUGUCAUAAUGAUUUGUUGUUUAUGCCAUAUAAGAAGAGAGGAAGGCAUUGUUA